CCUAAGAGUUAGGGAAGAGUAGGACGUGAGUAUAAAAGAACAAACGCUAUAUUAAUCCAGGGCCGGUACCACCAGAAGAUCAGCUCGUUCCUCUCUCUGGAACAUCCUUUGCCUAAUAAAUCUUGCAGGGUGGUUAUUAGAGUGUCUCAUCCAAUUCUUUGUUCAUAACACCAAGAACCUGAAACUCCAACUUCCAACCCAGUAACAUUUUGGUGAGCCCGUCAAGAGGGUCAAGCCUGCAAUACGUAAAGCUCCAGACCUGGAACCUGAAGCUCCCAUCAAUCACUACACCUUUGAACCUGUGGAAGAUCCGAUGUACCUGUUUAAAAGACAUUCAACAGAUAAGUAAAUACUUACCAACUUUCCCUGGUGUCUUUGUUGCAUAGUUACUGUGGGUUAAAUAAUCCUAGUUAUUUAUAUAUAAUAUUUAUCAUUUAACUACUUGCUUCCCCCUCAAUGGAUAUACUUUUUAUGUCCAUAAUCCUAUUUUCACCAAUAUUGGGGGUCCAGCCCCAAUACCAAGUGUUUAAACAGAUUCAACAGUUAGCCAUGCUAACUAACUUGACUUCCUGUUACAUUUGUACCUCAGGGUCACUAUCAGCUGAAGUUUUACCACUACCAUUAGAAGAUAUAGUCAAGGUCAAUGCCAGAGUCACUGUUGCCACCCAGUCAAAAGCUACAUAUCCCAAUCCAGCUGCGGAAAGCUUAUUCCAAACAGUCUUAGCUCAGACCAUAAGAAACAUCCCAAAUUUAAAUUUUACAAAUGCCCCAAAUCCUGUAAGGGUUUUUCACAACCUAACCUCAGAGAGCCAAUUCCCAAUUUGUUUUACUUCCCACCGAGUGAAUGGGACCUUUGUGGGAUCCCUAAACAAUUGUUCAUAUGAGGUCGUCCUCAGCUGGACAAAUCAAGAGAAACAUUAUAAUUCCUCAGAAACAAAAAUCAAUUCAUAUCGCAAACCAGGAAAACAACACCAAUUCCUUCUCCUUAAGUAUCCUGAUCCAAGAAAACCUCAAUAUACAAGUAAUACCAAUACUUCCAAUAUUUCCACUGGUUGGAAUACAGUUUUAAUCAACAAUUCAUCUUUGCCUCUAGCUCAAGCUUUGGCUUGGGGGAUCCAAAGAUCAUUCUUAAGAUUCCACCCCAGCUUAUCUUUCCAGUCCAAGCUUACUGCGCAACUUGGUGUGGCUGGAACACUUUUAUGGGAACUCACUGGAACUUCCUCCAGUGGUUUAGACCCACCUUUGGAACUAGCAUCAUGGGGAUAUAAGGUAUCUUUGGACCCUGGGCAAGGAUUGUAUUUCAUAUGCGGAAAUUCAGGGUACUUGAGUCUUCCAAGCCAAUGGAAAGGGACUUGUGGCAUUGCCGCUUUACUUCCAAGACUGUCUUAUGCAAAUGCUAGUACAAAAUUCCCAUUCCAUAUAAGACACAGCCAUGCAUCUGUAAAAAGGGCAGCUCCAGCGGUAUUACAUCCUUUGGCAACUGCAGUAACAGGACUUUUAGGAACCACACUCGGGUCCAUUUCUCUUCACUUGUCUUCACAACAAACACAGGCUUUGGCAGAAAUUACAGCAGCUGUCCAAGAACAGCAACAACAUAUAGAUUCCCUGGCGGGCAUUGUCUUACAAAACAGGAGGAGGCUAGAUCUCCUCACAGCUAAUCAAACGGGAUUAUGCGUUUUUCGAAAAGAAGACUGUUGUUUCUAUGUUAACUCCUCAGGCAAGAUACUGGGACAUCUGACUAAGGCAACCAAUGUCAUUACUAAUUUAAGAACUGCAGAAAACACCCUAAAUUCUGUUUAAACAAUUGCAAACAGUUGGAUAGCCCAUUUUACAGGACCCUUAACUGUAAUUCUUCUGUUGUUAAUUUUUGGCCCUUACACUGUAAAUUUGUUAACCAGAUUUAUUUCUUCCUGUUUAGAAUCUAUCAAGCUACAAAUGGCUCUAUUGCCUGAAGCCCCAGACAUCAUCAUACAAGAAAUAAGUCUAGACUUCCUAAUUUCCUGCUGGAUAGAGCAGGGUGAGAGUUCUGUGGUCCCCUGUUAGGUAGGGCCAACAGUCCCACUCAGCCGGAAGCAGCUAUAGAAGAAAGAACUUCGACCCUCAGCAAGCUGUAAAGAUUUAUGGAGACCACAUCUCUCAGAGGGAAUUGAGGCAGGAGAAUAGGGAAGGAAGUCAGAAGAUUAACCAGGAGCCCGUUCUCAGCAAAACAAGCAUAAGGCACCACCUGCUAAGGAAAUUGAAGCGAUGAACCAAUGCUUUCUGCAGUAAACAUAUCUGGUAUAACCUGGAAUGGGACAGUCACUGAAAGAGGAGCACGUGCAUUAGGGGUAAAAUGUGUCCUCAGGAUAACAUUUUAUUAUAAUAAGCUACUUAAAGCCCAUACGUAUAGAAUGCAUAUCAUACAUACACUUAAAAUUAUGGAAUGGCAGGCAUGCGCAGGUGCACUAAGAGAGAAAAACAACAAGAACACUGAUAUUUCAAUUAUAGGCAACCCCCUCCCUAAAAGUUAAGCAAGAGUAGUAAGGCGGUAUAAACGAACAAAGGCUAUGUUAACCCAAGGCUGAUACCACUCGUGGACCAGCCCAUUCCUCUCUCUGGAACAUUCUUUGCUUAAUAAAUCUUGCGGGGUCAUUA